GAUGGCGCGCGCGCGCGGCGAGCAAGCACAUGCGCGGUGGGCGCGAGGGGCGGCGCCUGCGCGCGGCGCGUGCGGCGCGCGGGGCUGAGGUGCGCGGAGCGGGGUCGGUGGCCGGCGCCCUGCGGGGCAGCCCCGCCGCCGCGCCCGCCUCCUCCGCCUCCCCUUCCUCCUCUUCGCCGCCGCAGCUGGCGGUGCUCGUGAUGCAGCCGUGCGGCGGCGAGGAGGAGGCGGCGGCGGCCGGAGCGGCGGGGGGGGUGCUGCCACUCCCGGUCGCCGACCCGUCGCUGCCGCCCUCCAGUAGUGGCGGCCUCAUGUUAUUCUACGAGCUGGGGGUGCCCGGCGAAGGCGAGGCCGAGGCAGAGGCCGGGGAGGAGGCCGAGGCGGCGGGCGGCGAGAGCACGGCCAGCCCGGAGGAGCUGGAGGAGGAGGAGGCGACGGCGGCGGCGGCUUCGAGCGGCGAAACGGCGGCGGCAGCUGCGGGGGGCAGCGGCUGCAAGAGCUGCACCUACCAGGGUUGCAGCGAGACCACCACGCAGGUGGUGAAGCAGCGCAAGCCCUGGAUGUGCAAGCGCCACCGCAAUAAGAUCUACAAGGACAAGUACAAACGCAAGAAGAGCGACCAGGCCCUAGGGGGCGGCGGGGCGGCCGCCGCGGCGGGAGGCCCGCGGGCUGAGGAUAGUGUUGAAGGUUCAGUUUCUGUUACAAAACAGAGAGCCGGAUCCAUUGGAGAUCGCCCAGCAAGACCUACUCUUUUAGAACAAGUAUUGAAUAAAAAGAGGCUGUCCUUACUCAGAAGCCCAGAAGUAGUGCAGUUUCUACAGAAACAACAGCAGCUGUUAAGUCAGCAGGCUUUGGAACAAAGGCAGCAACAGUUUCAAGGAGCACCCCGGUAAUUGGAACAGAUCAAUGGCCUGCAGAUGAGUCUCCUGCCGAGGGAGGAAUAGGGUGUGUAUUUUGCAGAAAUACAAAGAAUCUCAAUGUUUAAAGGAAAGCGGAAGUUGCUGCUGUUACAUAUUUUACUUGUUUCUUGUUUGCACUUUUGAGGUGUUGAGUUGCUUGGGUGUCUGCCAACUUGUGAGUAAAUAUGGAGGAGUCUAUUCUUUGAUUCUUUUUAAAAUUAAUUUUAAUGUUUAGGGUUUUAAUAGAAAUUUGUUUAUAUCAGUAAUGUUUAGCUGUACACCCUUUUCUUACCAAAGUCUUCCACUAUAUCAGCAUUCUUCUAUAUAAGGAUUUACUGUUAAACAAGUCACUCUUUGAUGACAAUCAUUGAAGGAAGUCAGUUACUUUCUAUGGAAGUUGUGAAUUUGAGCUGGUCCAGUGGCAUGACCUAACAGCCAUUGCUCAGGGAUGUGAGAAACUUUAGUGCAAAAUUCAUUCUACUGGACAUAUGGCGAAGACAAGAUGCCAUCAAGAAGUUGAUCCAUUGGCUCAGAGAAGUGCAAAUCAGGUGAUCCUCCUGCUAUAUAUUCAUCAUGUACAAGUUAAGUAGGUUUGAAAUCAUUGUCUGUGCAAAGCAUGUGAAAGAAUUUGUGGUUAAAAGUUCCAAAAAAGGUAGAUGUCAAAAACCUUGAGAAGAAGUAGGCGGAACGUAUGCAGCUGAAAGUUUGACCUUGUUUUGCGGAGUAUUCGCAAGGACCAACCUCUUAUACGUGAAAUAUAACUUAAUUACAGGUGAGAAUAUAACUCAUUUUUCAGUGACUAAAUUAAAAUCUAAAGCUUUUCACUCAGAAUAGCAAGUGCAUCCAAACCCUAAAAUGUAAUUGUUCCUUCCCCCCCCCCCCCCGCCUUUAUGUAGUCUGUUUCUUCUGAAAAAGUAUAGUUAAAAUUCUCCAAGACAACUGGUAUCUCAUCAGCUCUAGUGCUAGACUUUCCAGGUCUUCAGCCAGUUCAGGUGAUCCUGCAAGUGAUGGGGUUAAGACUCCAAGCACUGUUAUGUAAGUGUUGAAUCCCACCUUUUGUUUUCAAAAGUGAAAGUUUCAUAUUAAACCACAUUUCUGAAUAGAGGUUAUCUGAAUAGUGUAGGCGCUUAUUGAAGUACUACUUUGAUAUUGCAGCAGUUCAAUCCGCUAAAUGAAAUCUCUUCAGGAGUAUUUGUUAGUCUUAUCAUUUUUUACAAGCUGUGCUUUGUGUUUGUAUAGAACUUGUUCAGUAAGGAUUUAUUGUAUUUAGCAUUGUGCAAGUUGUUCUUUAAAAAAGAAAAACUUUGUAUCAACAGUUCUGGACCAAUAACUGCUUGAGUAAAAUCUUUGAUUUUCUUUAAAAAACAAAACCAAAGUCUGUCUUUUUUUUUUAUUCUAUUAAAUUUGUAUGUUGGAUGUUUUGCUAUACUAAAAUGGCUAGCUCUGACUAGGUGUAAUUAAAACUUUCGUGAUCCAAGGCUAUUGUUUUAGUUUUAAGUAAAAUCACUCCGGUUAAAACCUGACUUCUGUAACAGUACAUGCUUACUAUGUCUCUCUUUUUAUUCCUUGAGCAGUUUGAGAACCUGCACAGCUGCAGGUCUGUCUCCAAACUAAUGUCUGUCUGGUCCACAGCUGGGUUUCUUUGCUAGGGCAGCAUUACUGCUCACAACUGCCUGUUGGAUCAAGGCUGCCUCCUUCCAUAUUAAGAUGAUCAUCCCCUCGAACCUUCAAAUAUACCGCGGGAUAUGAGGAAUACAUAUACUUUAUAACAUGCAUACGUUAUGGAGUAUUAAUUUCCAAUCCAUUUUAUAGUGUCAAGCAUCCUAUUCUGCGGGAAGUAUUGCUUCAUCCCAUUACUGACUCGGUGAAAUCAGUGAUUCCUCUCACCGAAGACUGACUUGUAUGAAUAAAUGCUUUCUAAAUUGU